AUGGCCGACGAGCACCACGCUCAGGACCCUGCAGGCGGCCCAGCAGACACCAGCGCGGCACCAGCUGCGUUGCGACCCGGAGGAACUGUCGAGAAGCUCGAUGAAGAAGCGAACAAGUCUGCGUGGGAUCAACAGUUUGGUCUGAGGACGUUUCGGUUCGGCCACAGGAGGCUGCAGAGUGCUGCCGCGAACCGACCCCCAGGACGUGGGUCGGCACAGGGCGCACCUCCCGUUUCGAAACGACCCCUGACGGCGGAGAUGGUCCGCCCGAAGCCAGGGCCACCGAUGCCUAGGGCUAUGUGGGACGGACGUGCAACGUAUGGCGCUGGCAUGUGGCAGCCCACGUCAGGCACGCAGCGUGGCCCCGUGCGCGGGCCGCCCGAGAACCUGCGGGCAUCUCUCCAGUCGCAGGGCGCCCCGCGAGCGGUGCGGCCCAGCAACGGUCUCCUCGGAACGUCGCCGAGAAAGACUCGGCGACCACACACGGCGAGUGCGGUGCCGUCGGGCGUCGUGGGCCGCGGCUUUCGUCCAGAGGAGAGCAUCGUGGCGCGGGUGGGUCACCCACAGGCACAGGCGUCGCGGCAGGUCUCCACGGAAGCACAUGCGGGUGUCCUUGCAGAGACCACCCACGCAAACUUGCGGCCGGUUUCGUCCUACGCACGCAAGCUGACGGGCGGGCUGGACCUGACGACGUUCGGAAAGAGAGACGUGGCGGUCAUCGAGAAGCUCCACAUGCAGCAGAGGGAAAAGCGGGCGCUCCUGAACCGGAUGUCUGGUGGGCUGCCUUCUCUCAGCCAAGCACUGGUCAUGGGAGCCGUCACGGACCAUCUCGAGCUCAAGCGACGCGAUGUCAUUCGGAAGCGGGAGGAGGAAGAGGUUGCGCGUGAAGGGAAACAGGGUCACGAGAAGAUUCGCAUGGCGUACAUCAUGCAGCCCUAUGCACAGCCAGACGAGAAGUCAUUCGAGCAGGCCACGACCCUGGAACGCUACAACAAAGCAAUUCUGAUGCUGAAAGAUCGGGUGGCACGACGCGGGCGGCCAGGAUUCCUGCAGCUCUUUGAUCGCCAUGACAGGGCCGGCGACCACAUGAUGUCGAAGCGACGUUUCAAGAAGGUCAUCUCGGACAUGAACCUGGGUCCUGUCAUGAGCGACGAGGUCGUCGACAUGAUGUGGGACGAAAUGAAGCGGCAGGGCCGGCCAUCAGCGGGAAACGAUCUUGUGGACUACAGGACGUUGACGGACCUUCUACGCUGGGACCGCAUCCCCUACAAGGAAAUGGGACAGAAGAUCUGCACGCGCAGAGCUGCACCCGACCCAUUCAUGCCCUUUGGAGAGCCGCAGGUCAAAACGCCGUAUGGCAGCAAGGCGGACGCGGACGCCGCUGUCAAGGCGAUUCGUGAUCAGGUGAUGAAGCAGUACGGUAUGCUUGACAAGGCAUUCUCCGACUACGACGCGGACAAGAGCGGCGAGAUCUCUCUCCCAGAGUUCGUGGAGGCCCUGAGCAAGGUCAACAAACACAUGAACCUUCAUCUCACAUCUGACGAGAUCCUCGAGCUGUACAAGGACGCCGACAUCGAUGGAGACAUGAGCGUGAACUACAAGGAAUUCAUGGCGGCAUUCGCCGAUAAGGGCGGCAGCGGGCUCUUCAUCCCCGAAUUCAUGAAGCCCAAGAGGUAUCGCAGCACCACCAACCAUCAUCCGUGGUGCGACCUGUCUGACCCAACUUCCCUGAGGGGUGCGGCAGACGGCGGGUGGCCUUACCAAUAUCUGCCCCGGUACGAUCAACCUGGGGGCGCGCCUGCUGCAAGGGAUCAGGGGCAGCGCCCCAAGUGGCAAAAGUACUAA